AUGGCUUCUUCCACCCGCAAUCGAGAUAAGAAAGAACUGGACCCUGAGGAGAUUAUGAGACGCAAGUUUCGUGCCAAAUGUCGUUUUCGAGCUAUAGCGCGUAUGGUGUUGGCAAAUUGCUAUUGGAUGAUAGAAGCUGCUGAGCAGUACGAAGGAGUUGAAGACGUAAAGAGAAGAGUGGCGCAGGCUGUGCGUGGAAAGGCCAAGAAGAAGCAACUCUUGACUAUCAAUGAUAAAGCGCUUCUGAACAAGCCUAACAGUGAAAGAACUGAUCAUGAGAAGAAAUAUAUUUAUCGCAUCAUUGGAGGACUUAAAUGUUUCAAAAGAUAUCCUAACCAUGUAAAAAAGAAGUUGGCGGCGGUUACGUAUUUCAAGUACUAUAGUCCCAAUCGUGUGAUAGUUCGACAACAUCACGAAGCGCAUGCGCUGUACUUCAUAGUCACUGGUGACGUCAUCGUCAGCCAGUUGAUCUUUGAUGAGCUGCUGCAGCAACAUGUUCAAGUCGACAUUGGUAUCAUGCAUCCGGGAGACAUGUUUGGCGAAGUUUCCCUUCUACAUAAUAUUCCAAGGACUGCAACCUGCACGACUGGUGGUCACUGUGAAUUACUAGCAUUAAUGAAAGAAGACUUCAAGAAUGUACUCCAAGCUUCGGUUCAGAAGCAGUGGGAUGAAGUGCGACGCGCUAUGUCUGCUUUCACAUACUUUGAUGCGCUUGAUGAGGUAGCUCGACGCGAAGGAUGUAUUGUGGCUAAAAUGAAGUCGUACAAUAUAAACGAAAUAAUACUGGGGGAUGGGUGCGGGAUUCCUAAUUUUGUAUAUUUUAUUCUAUCUGGAGAAUGUCAAAUGAUAGAGACUCUUCAAGUGUGUGCCACACAUCGAUGCGGACACACUUCUUACACGCUAUACGAUCCCUAUGUGCCAAAAGAAGAAAGCGAACAGGAUAUUGACGUGAAAUAUUUUAAUGCUUACAAAGAAAAAGCUGCUAAAGAAAUGCAACAGCUGUCUCAGGAACUACCAGAAAUGUCACGGUCGGGGUCAAAACGUUUAGAAAGUAUUAUGAGAUUUUCUGACACUAAGAGAUCAGGUUCUAUCCUUAAAAAAGAAAGUGUAAUACCGGAGGAGAUGUUGUCUAGCGAAGAUCAAGUGACUUCGUCAGAGGUGGCAGCACGAUCUGGAUCUGUAGAUGCUACGUCAGCAAUGCAGUCUACAUCUGAAAUGGAAGCCGAUUCGGGGUUACCUGGAGAACAGCGAUCCUCUCUAAAAUCUGAAGUGCUGUUGCAGCCUUCGGAGAAUCGAGACUCAGUGAGGUUUAGCGUGCAACAUCCAGUGAGACCACCAAAUCUUCGGACUUAUUUCAUGCAGGUGUGUCGAUAUCAUCCUGGAUCAACGUUUGGGUUUGGUGAAAAUAUGAGGGACCGCCGGAUUAUUGCAUUAACCCCCGUCGACUGUAUGUUAAUGCCGAAAAUGUGGCUCUUACAACGGAACACUGCUAAUAUCUGGUCACGUAUUGAACACUUUUUGGAUAAAAAGAUACCAUCAAAGCGGCAAUUGUUUCAAGAAUUUGUCUCUGCACGUCGCUGGCUGGAGUUUCGCGAUCAGCUCGUGGGUGACAUUGUGGCGCGCUCUAGAACCGUCAAUUGGACAUCCGUUCAUGAUGUGCCCUACUCCAUUCGUAUGGAAGAGAUGCUUGAUAUUUGA